UGGAAUAGUGUUGUAACAUAACAAAAUGUGGAAAAAGUGAAGUGAAUUAGUCAAUCCGGAAAGUAUUCCCCUAAGCGACUGGUUUUGUUUGCCAGAGUGACCACCCUGCCCUUUGCUCACUGCCAGAGCCAUGAGCAGUAAAUGAAACAUCAAACUGGCACCUCCUUGGGUUGAAAUUUACCUGCUUUGAGUCAGUUUAUAACUGCCUGGUUUCAGCAGGGUAGCGGGCAUGCUUUGUACUGUACCAGUUUCCUUAUAUUCCAACCACCAAUUUUAAACCACCAAACUAGAAAAUGUCAACACUGCCACUGGAUGUUGUGAAGUAUAAAGUGAGGAAAUUUAAUGCUGCCAAACAUCGCGUUUGCGAGGCGGUUUUGUUUUGAAUCUUUUGUAGUUUUUUUUUUUUUUUUUUUGGAAGGGGGGACUUCCCUGCAGUUUUCCCCUGAUUUCCUCAUGCGGACCAGAAAGAAAUAGAAAGUACUGGUAGAUGCCCAAGCUCCGGAGGGAUGGGCUGAUUAACAGGACGUAACAAUGGUGGGUUUGUCCAGCUGAGCGGGUGAUAGGGGUGAUUUUGUUCCACUGUUAAUGGUCAUGUUGUGCACCCGUGUCCCACACCGAACAAUCGACUGACUGGAUUCCAUUACCGAAGGGUGUUAAAGCUGGCUUUCCACAUUAUAUAACAACUAGCAGUACUGCUGUGUGGCUCAACCACCAAAUUAAGCUGUGCCUAUGAUCAGACGGUCGUUGGUUCAGAUACCCUGGGUCAGCAGAGCGAUUUCAGUGGUGGGCCAAUGGGCUAGGCCCUUAACCCUGCAGAAACUGAUCCUUAUUUCUCAAAAGACCGCAUUGCUUGGGAUAGAAGUGUGUACUAAAUGAAUUUAAAAAAAAAUAGUCUGACAUUUAUUUCAAACAUUCUGGAAAUUACUAUUACAGCCUGUGGGAGGCUAGUCAUGCAGUGAUCUUAUACAACCAUAUACUUUGGAGAUUCCGAAACAGUACCACUGCUGUCUACAAUCUGACACAUAUCUGAAUGGCAAUCACUCACUGCUGCCGAUAAACCAGAAAAUGAUGGUUUGGCUGUUUCCUGAGUAGAUGGGAGGUGUCUGUUGCGACCCUACUUACCGUGAUGCCAAGCGUAGCUUGUGAGUGCCACAUUACAAACACUGAUUGAGUCCAUACCCAAGCCGAAGUUCAGGAACCUUCCGCGGAUUCCCUGGUUCCUGCUAGAGCGGCGUGCCAGUUGCCAGUGUCACAUAUUGUCUUUGGUUGCUGCAGGUUUUACGUGCCACUCCUAGGCAACAUAAUAAAAGAACUGGAAAUAGGCAGGUAUUGUCUCUCUACUCGCCAAGUGGCCAAAAAGGCGAAGUGAGAGAGUGUCCCUGCUGACCAUCUAAUCACCAUUCAUCUGAUGGUUUCCCAAACCACAAAAAAAAACACAUGUGAAACUCAACUGCUAUCCAGCCUCCACGCUUUUUUAUUUUCAGCAGCAAGAUAAGGUAGCUCCCAGGGGAGCUGCUCCGAUGCAUUUUGGAUCGCGACUCGGACCAUCUACCGCCUCCGUCUCACUUUUUGCUCCUUGCUCGUCACCUCGGCACCCAUGUGAUUUGGUGGUUCGCGCUUGAGAUCCCCAGGCCCAGGGGGUACAAUCAGACAGCCCUUCAGAGGAAGGGAGAGGGGGGGGGGGGGUCCCACGGCCAUGAUCCCCUUCAAAGAGGUCCUGGGCCAAGUGAAGAAGACCCUGCGGGAGGCCUCGCCCCCGGAGAUUCAGGGGCUCCUGGCGGAAUUGACGGAGGCUCACGUCCUUUCCAGGGACUACUGCCUGUUGCUCUCCCAGGAGUGGGAUUCUGAGGAUGUGGCCCGGAGGAUUUCGCUGCCUGUGUGGCAGAAUUGGGAUCUCUGUUGCGAUGCCAUCGGAGCGGUGCUGGAGAGAGCGCGGAACAGCGCCAGUGCAUCCUGCCAACCCUACACCAACGGAGCAGGGAUGCAGGAAAUGUCUUUAGAUCCACUUGGGUUCCUGGACGAUGUUUCCAUCGAGGACUUUGGUGAUUACCCAAUCUUCUCACCAAACCCACAUGACGAUUUGGCAGAAGACGGUGACUUAAAUGAAAGCAUCGAGAGCCUGAUCCGAAUUCUGAGUGAGGAAGACCCCUCCAGUGGACUGACAGAGCCUUCACUUCCCGAACCAGCUAGUUGGGAGGGCAAGAGGCCAGAGAAGAGAGAACGAUGUCAUUCCGCAAGUCCAUCCCGCGGAGAUGCACCCAGCAAGCGCAGCAGGCGAGGUCCUGCCGGAAGUCGUGUGUCAAAGAAAACGCGGAGAGCAAAGCAACGGAGUGGCCAGAUGGCCCCCAGCAGUCCUAAGACCCCAAAUGGGCCUGCCCCACUACCAGCCCCCCAGGGACUCCUCCAGACCAUCCACCACUUACUGCCCCUCCCCAUCUCCACAGCCUUCAUCAAUGCUUGUGAGGGUGCCACCGCGAUUCAACUUAUCCCAGCCGUCACAUACCCACAGCAGGUCAUAAACAUCUCUGUGCCCAAUCCAGGACCCCCCACUUACGUCAUAGUGCCCCAGUCGCACCUGCCGCCGGUGACUCACGUCAUGCCGCAGUCUCCUGGCACUGGGGCUGCAGUACCUUCUGACUUCAUGGUCUCCACCCCGGGCAGUUCUUGUUUGGACGGUGCAUUCCAAGCCUCAUCUCCGGAACAGACUCCCACCUCAUCUCCCACCAGAGAUACGUCGUCUUGCAAAGAAUCGCCAGUCCAAACUCCUCCUUCUGAACCUGCCCCAGGGAAACCCAAAUGCGCUGAGGACUAUACUCAGUCAGUCAAGGCCCUGAUGAGGGAAAUCGCCCGGAACACAGACCCAGAGAAUGAAAUGUCCGUGGAGUCCCUGUACGUCAACGUUCCCCUGGUCCAGAGGCAGAUACGACUUAAGACUGGGAAGAACGCGAGCAAGUGUCUGGAGAAGGAGUUGGUGGUGCUCAGCAAUGCUGACAGCAAGAGGGCCAUGCUACACAGGGGGCAGCUCUUUGAGGACAUGGGGCAGAAGGGCGGCUGGCUGAUUGCCCUACUCGGCAAGGCCGGUGGGGGCAAGACUGCAUUCGUGCAGAAACUCUGUCUGGACUGGGCGGAUGGCAACCUCCAACAGUUUGAGUAUAUCUUCGUGCUGGACAGCAAGGUGCUUAACCUUCCACACACAACCUAUAGCCUGAAGAAGCUCCUGUUCGAUCUGUCCACCUCCCCACCCUGCAGAAGCAGCACCGCCAUCUUCAAGCACGUUCUCAGCGUCCCCCAGAAAGUCCUGAUCGUUUUUGACGGUUUCGACGACUUCAGGGACCCCGAGGGUCUUCUACAUUCGCCGGCCACCUGCAACACUAAGGAAAGCUUCAGUGUCAGGCAACUGUUUUCCGGAAUAUUCCAGAAGAAGCUGCUCCGCGGAUGUACACUCUUGAUCUUGGCCAGGCCUAAGGGGGUCUUCAACCAGUUCUUGGCCAAGGUGGACAGAAUUGUGGAGCUCUGUUGCUACUCUCCGGAAAACAUCACCCAGUAUAUCUCAGAGUGUUUCAGAGACAGAGGUGACAAGGCCCUGGGGAAACUGAAAAAACAAUGUUACCUGUAUAGUCACUGCUCCAACCCACUCAUAUGCCGGUAUAUGUGCUUCCUUCUCAAGCACUCGGACAGACUGCCCUCAACACUCACUAGCUUGUUCCAACAGGUGCUUGAUAAAAAAAUUCACUCAGACACUCAAGGAGAAGACCCUAAAAUGGCCCAGGAGAGGGCGCACUUGAGUAAGCUCUGCUGCAUUGCCUGGGCUGGGGUGAAGAACCACAGUUCCAUUCUGGAUCACAAGGACACUGCAGAGCUGAAGGAAUUUGGGCUAAAAUGUGGACUGCUGACCCCGCACCUCACCAGAGCGAAGGACUCCGAGGAGCAGCAGGGUCACAGGUUCGCCCACCCCCUGCUGCAGAGCUUCCUGGCUGCCCUGCACCUGGUGCAGUCCCGUGAUGUGAGCGACAAGGCGCUGGUGGCCCAGAUGACAGCACCUCAGAAGAGGCGGCGGCUACUGACGGAUUGGCUGGAGGCCACGUGGCGCUUUGCCCUUGGUCUGCUCUUCCAGAAGGGGAGAGUAGAGGUGACGGCGGGGGUGGGGGCCAAGAAGGCUGCCGCCGCCAUGCACCUGCGGGGCCUGAAACCGGGCGACCUGGUCCCCUCCCGGCUGAUGGAGCUGUGUCACUGCAUUUAUGAGACUGCCGAUGCCACAAUGGCGCGGCACUUGGUCAGGAACCUUCCGGAAGACCUGCGCUUCUGCGGCAUCCAACUCAGCUCACCGGAUGUCUUUGUCCUUCAGCACCUCCUACAGAAAGCCAGGGACAUGAAGAGGAGCUUCUCCGUCGACCUGCAGGACACCAGCAUUGGCCUCCAGGGCUUGAGAGCCAUACUUGGGCUGAAGUGUGUCCAGUCAUUCAGGGCGUCAAUAGAGGACACAAUAAAUCUGUGGGAAGAUCUGCAGAAAAAAUGUGAAGGGAAGCUCUUGCAAAACACCAUCAGGAAGUUCACCAUCAGUCCCUUAAAAGCCACACAUCUGGACCACGUGGACCAUCUGAUCAUGCUGGUGCGGAUUUACAGAGGAGGGAAGAUAUCCACAGGUGAUCUGAGGUCAGAACCAGUGGUGGACAACGUCGCCUUUGAUGUUCCUGCUGUGAGAAACCUUCAGAAACUGGAACUGAGCUUAGGCCCAUCAAAUGGACCUGUGGGCUUCACCAAGCUCAUGGAGGUCCUACCUGCACUGCAAUGGCUUCAACAUCUUGAUCUGGAGGACAAUAAAAUUGGUGAUAGAGGAGCAGAAGAACUAGCAGCUGUUCUGUCAGCGUUGAGCUCUCUGGAAAUGCUCAAUUUGUCCCAGAACUGUAUCGGAGACAAAGGAUUGGAGAAGCUGGCCCCGGCCCUGCCGUCACUGGUUUCACUGCAUAGUCUCAGCCUGUACAGUAAUUUCAUCUGUGAUGGCGGGGCCGAGAGUCUGGCCAAGGUGCUGCCCGACAUCCAGUCGCUGACGGACCUGGAUGUCAAGGAUAACAGGUUUACCAACGUCGGGGCACAGAGUCUGAGCCAUGGAUUGAAGAAUGCCCCAAGGAUGAAAACUGUGAGGAUGUGGAAUCAUUACAUACCCCAUGGAGUCCUUGAGAACCUCAAACAACAGGAUCCGAGGAUCAGGUCACUAUAGCUGAUACCGCACAAAGACAAAAACAAUGUACAAAAACCUGACCGCACCACAACAUGCAAACAACAAAUACUUUAUAGACGGGACUAUUGGUCAAAAUUCCUUUCUAAACUCCUGACUGUUUAUUUUAUGCUACUUGUUUGGACACUAAAUGCAGACAAAAUUAUUUCGUGGGACACUGUUUUUACUAACAAUAAACUGAACUGCAGUAACAGCCUUAAUGUGAUCAUUGCAAUUACGUUUGUAAUGAUGAUUAUCAUACACAAUCUACUUUCUUCUGCAACUCAAUUUCUCAAUGGCAGCUAUUGAACUGUGAGUCUGAAUGUAUUACUGCUGUUUACGCUGUGAAUCUGGGGAUAAUAUUUCUUGCAUUCUUGCUGUAAGCAUAAUUUUGACUGUUACUGUUAUUCUACUACUAAGUGAGGUGACUGAGGUGAACCUAAAACAUAGCAAUAAAACAAAAUCAGUCUGCUGCUUUCGUUUUCAGAAUAAAGAUUUUACGUAUAAAUA